AUGAUGGCUUAUGAUGCUGCUGAUACAGAAGAAGUGAUCGACAUUGAAAAUUUAGAACUUCCACCACUACCUGAUCAUAUUCAAGCUUUAUUAACGCCUACUUUUCGUCUUGUUAUUAAUCAAAUAGAAAUUAAUAAUUUCAAAUCUUUUGCUGGCAAUAUUCGACUAGAUCAAUUUGAUCAACAUUUUACGUGUAUAAUAGGCCCUAAUGGUUCUGGCAAAAGUAAUGUAAUUGAUUCACUUUUGUUUGUGAUCGGUCAUCGUGCAUCGAAACUUCGUGGCACAAAAUUAAGCACAUUGUUGCACAAAAGUGCUGAUCAUCCAAAUGUACAAAGUUGUUCUGUAACGGUUUAUUUUGAUGCGAUAUCAAUCGAUGGUACUGAAGAACAAAUUCAUUUUUCAAUUGCCCGUAUCGCCUAUAUUGAUAACUCAAGUCAGUACAAAAUCAAUGAAAAACAAGUUCACCUUAAAGAUGUAACAACGUUAUUACGAAAAUACGGUGUCGAUUUGGAUCAUAGUCGAUAUUUGAUCUUACAAGGUGAUGUCGAAUCCAUCGCAUUGAUGAAACCAAUAGCGCCUAAUGAACAUGAACAAGGCUUCUUGGAAUAUCUUGAAGAUAUUAUUGGGACAGAACGUUUUAAAAAGCCACUUGAAUUAAUCAACCAAAAACUAGAAGAAUUAAAUGCGCUUUGGGCUGAAAAGAAAAAUCGCGUUAAAGUAGCUGAAAAUGAAUUGAAAUCACUAGAAGAACCUUACCGUGCAGCUGUUGAAUGGAUCGAAUGUGAAAAUGAAUAUAAACGUACAAAAUCGAUAUUUUGUCAACUGAAGCGAUAUCAGCUCAAAGACAAAGAAACUGAUCUCAAUUUGAAGCAUACCGAACGACAAACAGAAAUUGAUAAAUUUAAAAUGGACUUCGAUGACAAAAAACAGUUGUGUAAACAAAGUCAAGAUGAAUUAAAACAGCAACAACGGUCUUAUGAUAAAAAUCAAACAGAACUGAAUAAAGUGAAGAAAUGGAUUGAAGAUCACGAAAAUGAAGAUAAAACAAUACGUCAUGAUAUAAAAACAUGUUUGGAUGCUAUAAAACGACAUGAAAAACAAAAUGAAACAGAAACAACAAAAAUAAGGACAUUAGAAACAAUUCCAGAAGAAAAAGAAGAGUACAUCAAAGAAACUCAAGCGGAACUAGAUCAAGUGAGAGAAGAGCAAAAAGCAUUAGAAAUAAAGGUGAACAAAAUUCGUGAUGAUUUACUACCCAAAACGGAACAAUGGCGUAAAGAAUCAACUAAAAAACAACAAGAUUUUGUUGACUAUAAACAACAAAUGUUACAACCAAAAAAAGAACACUUCGAACUAGCACAAAAUCAAUUGAAAAUGUUAUUGAGCGAAGAAGAACGACAUAAAAAAUCACUAAAUGAUAAAGAAAUUGAAUAUAAUCGAAAACAAAAAGAAUUUGAUGAUAAAACACAACGAUUUGAAAUUAUCGAUGAACAACUACCAUUGGCAGAAAAUGAAUACAAAACAAAAUACGAUGAAUCAAAACGAAUUGAAACACAAUAUCAACAAUUAGAAACAGAACAUAAUAAAAAUGUAGCAGAGCUGAAUGAUUUAAGUCAACGAGUGCAAACAAGUCAAAGUCGAGAUCAAACACUCAAUUUUUUGUUACAACAGAAGCAGGCAAAUAAAUUAGAUGGUUUUCAUACACGUUUAGGACAUUUAGGCCAUAUUGAUGAAAAGUAUGAUGUUGCUAUAUCAACGGCAAUCGGUGGCUAUUUGGAUUAUUUUGUUGUGGAUGAUGUAAAAAGUGGUGAAGCGGCGAAAACUUUACUAAGAGAUCGUAAACAAGGCGUGGGAAGUUUUAUUUGUCUAGAUAAAAUGAUGAAAAAUGAAGUAUAUGCCAAAGCCCCGUUUCAUAUGCCUGCACAUGGUCUACAAAAUAUCCAUCGAUUAUAUGAUUUAAUUGAUUUUGUUGAUCCAAAAUAUAAAAAUACAUUUUAUUUUGCUUUACGUGAUACAUUAGUGGCUGAUAAUAUCGACGAUGCACAAAAAGUAGCAUUUCAAGGUAAAACACGUUAUCGAGUUGUAACAUUAAAAGGUGAAAUUAUUGAAAUAUCUGGUACAAUGAGUGGUGGUGGUACUUAUCAAAGUAAGGGGAAGAUGAAUUUGAAAAAUGCCAUGGCAACGUCGAAAAGAAAUACAAUUGUUGAUCCAGUUAAAAAAGGUCAAUUAGAAAGAAGAGUCAAAGAAGAUGAAAAAACAUUGGCUGAUCUAAUGGUAAAGCGUCAACAAUUAAAUAGUGAUUUAGCACAAUUGAAACACAAACUUGAUGAUGAAAGACGAAAUUAUAAUCAAUACAAAAACGAAUUAAACAAUAUGCCACAACAUAUCGAUGCAUUAAAAGCAGCUGUUGAAAAACAACGAAAAUUAUUAGAAUCUAAAACCGUGAAUGUUAAUGCAAGACAAAAGUAUGAUGAUGAAGUCAAUGAAGCAAAGCAACAAUUCGAUGAAGCUACCAAAGAAGCAGAAGAACUAAAAGCCGUCGUUGAUCGUAUCAAUAAAAAAAUUAAUGAUCAUGAUAAAGAGGCAUUAGAAAAACCACAAGCUGAUCUCGAUAAACUAACAAAUGAUGUGAAAAAAUUACAAAAUCAAAUUGAUACAGCAAAAGCUGAAAUAACAAAUGCUAAACGAAAUUUGCAGAAAGCCAAAGAUAAAGUGAAAUCAAAUGAAAAUGCAAUCAAAGACAACAAAGAAAAACAUACGCGAUUAAAUUUGAGAAUUGAAGAGUUAGAUCAAGAAGUAUUAGACGCAGUUGAAAAACGUGCUAAUAUCGAAAAAGAUUUAGAAAACGUCAAAGAAAAAGUAACAAUGUUAACGGAAACAAUACGUAAAACUGAAUCGGACUUGGGAGAAAUUGAAAAGGAACUUGUACGUUUGAAACAUGAAUUUGUCACAGCCCAAAAAGAUUUAACAGAAUGUCGCCAACAAAUACAAGUGGUUGAAAAUGAGAUAAAUAGUCUAACAUUUAGUAAAAUUGACGAUGAUGUGAAUGAUGGCGAUAGUGCCGAAAAUAAUGAACCAAUACGACAAGUGGCGAUCAAAAUAUAUACAAUGGAAGAACUUGAACCGUAUGAUAUCGAUGAUAUAAAAGAAGAUUUGCAUAAACAUGAAGUAGAAUUGAAGAAAAAUCCGGCCAAUUUAACUGCAAUUAAUGAUCAUCGUCGUGCAAUGCGCAAUUUAAAAAUCCGUCAAUCCGAUUUACAAGAUUUAGAAAAACGUCGGAGUAAUAUAAGGGAAAAGCAUGAUAAAUUCAAUGAUCAACGCCAUAAAGAAUUUCGUAAUGGUUUCGAUACAAUCUCAAAAACAUUAAAACAAAUCUACCGUACAAUAACGGAUGGUGGAGAUGCUGAACUAGAAUUUGUUAGUAGUAUGGACCCAUUUACAGAUGGCGUUGAACUAAGCAUUCGUCCACCGAAAAAAUCAUGGAAACGUAUUGCUAAUUUAUCAGGAGGUGAAAAAACUCUUAGUUCGUUGGCAUUUGUGUUUGCCUUGCAUACAUUUCGUCCGACGCCCAUCUACGUAAUGGAUGAAAUUGAUGCUGCCCUGGAUUUCAAAAAUGUGUCCAUUGUUGGCAGAUUUAUUAAAGAACGUACUAAAAAUGCCCAAUUUGUUGUUAUAUCAUUACGUAAUGAUAUGUUUGAAUUAGCUGAUUAUUUAGUGGGUAUAUAUAAAGUAAAUAAUUGUUCUCAAACAGCAUCUUUACGACCAUCAUUAUUUGCUAAAAAAAUCCAAGAACGUAUUUUAAUACAUCAAUCCUCGAAUAGUGUUCAGGAAAAUGAUGUAACGAUGACAGCAACCAAUGAAGAUGAUGGCGAAGAAAAUCAAACUCAUAAUCAUCAUAAUGGUACUAGCAUUAUAGAUGAAAUAUUUCUAGAUAGUGGAAUAAUGGCCAAUAUUCCUGGUCUUACUCAGUAUGAUUUUGAUAUGAUAGACAUGAACGAAGAUGAUAAAGUUGCAGCUGAACAGUACUUACGAGAAAAUGGUGUGCGUGGACUAGAAAAUUUUUUAGCAGCACGAUUAGAAGCAUGGCGACAAACACCAUUGCACAUAGCCAUAACAGGUGAUUCAGGUGCUGGAAAAAGUACACUUAUAAAUACUAUGAGAAAUUUGAAAGCAGAUGAUGAGGAAGCUGCACAAGUUGGCGUAGUCGAAACUACACGUAUUAUCCAAUCAUAUUCACAUCCGAAUUUUCCAAAUUUAGUUUUUUCUGAUCUUCCUGGUGUUGGUACAUUAGAAUUUAAACGUGCAACCUAUUUAGAACAAGUAAACUUUAAACGUUAUGAUUUUUUUCUAAUUAUAUCAAGAAAUCGUUUUACAGAAAAUGAUCUUUGGCUUGCAAAAGAAAUUAAAUCAUAUGGUAAAAGUUUUUUCUUUAUUCGAACUAAUAUUGAUCAAGAUUUAUUAAAUGAAAAAAUUGAUCAUCCAACAACAUACAAUGAAACUAUAAUUCUAAAUACAAUAAGACAAAAUUGUUUAGCUCAUAUAGAAACAGUCGUACCAAAUGCAGAAACUAAGGUAUUUUUAAUUAGCGGACGUUUGGCAUGUACACACCGUUUUGAUUUUGGUCGUUUAAUGAAAGCUCUUCUGAAAGAAUAUCCUGGACUAAAACGACAAGCAAUGAUUAUGUCCAUGAGUUCAAAUUGUAAAGAAGUAAUUCACGCAAAAGUAAAUGUACUAAAACAACAAGCAUGGAUAGCGGCCAUGGUUUCUGCAUGUGUUGCAGCUGCUCCAAUUCCAGGUCUCUCUAUUACUUUUGAUUUUUCUUUAACAGUAGGAUAUGUCAUCUAUUAUAAAAAACAACUUGGAUUAGACGACGAAUCACUUGAAAGGAUAGCAAGAAUGCAUCAUAUUCCAUUAUAUGUGCUCAAAGAUGAAUUACAAAAAAUAUUACCUGCUCAUUUUUUCACAGCUGUUCCCGAAUUUGUAAUAUCUCUUGUAGAAAAACAAGCUGUAGGAACAGCUAUGGAAGAAGUGAUUCGUUAUAUUCCUUAUAUUGGAAGUGUUGUAGCAUCGACCGUGUCGUUUGCAAUUAUUUUGUCUGUUCUACGACAUCUUUUAGCUGUUAUGGAAAAAGCGGCAUGCUCAUUAAUUGACAUUAUUUCUGAGAGAUCUGUUAGUGAUGAUGAAGAUGCUGAUGAUUAUGAUUAA